CUAGCUUCAUCAAUCUUUAGGAUUUAAGCAGGAGAAAUAACGGCGUGUCUUGCUUCCCCUCUCUGCUCCUUUCCAUUCCCACCCUUCCCUCCUUAAUAAACCGGAGCGAAAAAGACGAAUUCAAGAGGAUUGUUCAGUUCAAGGGAAUGAAGAAUUCAGAAUAAUUUUGGUAAAUGGAUUCCAAUAUGGGGAAUAAGAAUAAGCUGAACCGUUGACCUGCUUUGAAGAAAUAUACUGUCCAUUUCUCUAAAAUAAUCUAUAACAACCAAAUCAAUCAAAAUGAAUUCAACAUUAUUUUCCCAGAUUGAAAAUCAUUCAGUCCACUAUAAUUUUUCAGAGAAGAAUUCCCAGUUUUUGGCUUUUGAAAAUGAUGAUUGUCAUCUGCCCUUGGCCAUGAUAUUUACAUUAGCUCUUGCUUAUGGAGCUGUGAUCAUUCUUGGGGUCUCUGGAAACCUGGCCUUGAUCAUAAUCAUCUUGAAACAAAAGGAGAUGAGAAAUGUCACCAACAUCCUGAUUGUGAACCUUUCCUUCUCAGACUUGCUUGUUGCCAUCAUGUGUCUCCCCUUCACAUUUGUCUACACAUUAAUGGACCACUGGGUCUUUGGUGAGGCAAUGUGCAAGUUGAAUCCUUUUGUGCAAUGUGUUUCAAUCACCGUGUCCAUUUUCUCUCUGGUCCUCAUUGCUGUGGAACGACAUCAGCUGAUAAUCAACCCACGAGGGUGGCGGCCAAAUAACAGACACGCUUACGCAGGUAUCGGUGUGAUUUGGGUCCUUGCUGUGGCUUCUUCUCUGCCUUUCCUGAUCUACCAAGUACUGACUGAUGAGCCGUUCCAGAAUGUAACUCUCGAUGCAUUCAAGGACAAGUACGUGUGCUUUGAUAGGUUUCCGUCGGACUCUCAUAGGUUAUCUUACACCACUCUCCUCUUGGUGCUGCAGUAUUUUGGUCCACUCUGUUUUAUAUUUAUUUGUUAUUUCAAGAUAUAUAUACGCUUAAAAAGGAGAAACAAUAUGAUGGACAAGAUGAGAGACAAUAAGUACAGGUCUAGUGAAACCAAAAGAAUCAACAUCAUGCUGCUCUCCAUCGUGGUCGCAUUUGCCGUGUGCUGGCUGCCUCUAACCAUCUUUAACACUGUAUUUGACUGGAACCAUCAGAUAAUUGCUACGUGCAACCACAAUUUGUUAUUCCUGCUCUGCCACCUCACAGCAAUGAUAUCCACCUGUGUAAACCCCAUAUUUUAUGGAUUCCUAAACAAAAACUUCCAGAGAGACUUGCAGUUUUUCUUUAACUUUUGUGAUUUCCGGUCUCGGGAUGAUGACUAUGAGACAAUAGCCAUGUCCACCAUGCACACGGAUGUUUCUAAGACUUCUUUGAAGCAAGCAAGCCCAGUCGCAUUUAAAAAAAUCAACAAUGAUGAUAAUGAAAAAAUCUGAAACCGUUUGUAGAGUAUGGUCCCAGAAGACAUCUGUUUAAAAAUAAGCACAGUCUGCAACAUACUUUCAUUACCUAUUCUCCCAAGGAAUGGGGUUGAAAGCAUUUGAGAAAGAUCAAGAUUUUCUUGCCUUGCUGUAUACUGCUUUUGUUAUAGGUGUAAUAAUUGCAUUUGGAACAAAAAGGUGUGAGUUUUGGAAUCUUCUGGCAAUGGUUUUGACUAGACAUCCUUGAAGUGCUUUUCGUGAACUUAUAAAGACUUUUAUACCAUAUUUAUUGGAAUGAAAUGUCUUUAAAGAAUU